CUGCGUCCUGUCGCCGUGAACGGGCGGAAGUGAGGAGGAGCGCUCGCUGGGCUGCCGAAGUUCGUUGGUGGUGGUUGUUGUCUGCACGCGCGCAGCGAACAGCCAGAAAAAUAUUCAGAAGAACUAAUGUCUUCAGAAAUGCCACCAGAAAACAUUGCAUCAGCCAAGAUUACUGAUGUGGAAGAAAACACAGAAUCCAGCAUUGAUCUGAAAGCAAUGAAAGAAUCAACACUGAAAAAGAUGGAGGGUAUUGAAGCUAUGUCGAAAAGACAAAGAAAGAAGCUGAUGAAGCAGAAACAAUGGGAAGAACUGAGAGACUUGCGCAAGAAGAAGCGGAAAGAAAAACGCUUGAAGAGAAAACUGGAGCGCCGAUCUGAACUGGAAUCAAGCAAUGACGGAAGCAUCUGGAAACGUCUGCAUCGGGACGUUGUUCCUAGUACCCUUCGCCUCAUAAUAGACUGCAGUUUUGACAGUUUAAUGGAGCUGAAGGAUGUCAAGAAACUGCACAAGCAAAUUCAGAGGUGUUAUGCCGAAAAUCGUAAAGCGCUCCAUCCUGUACAGUUUUACUUGACAAGUCAUGGAGGCCAACUGAAACACAACAUGGAUGAAACUGACAAAGGAUGGAUAAAUUGGAAGGAUAUCUAUAUUAAACCAGAACACUACAGUGAAUUGAUGAAAAAGGAAGACCUUGUGUACCUUACAUCAGACUCUCCUGAUAUCCUGAAUGAACUAGAUGAGUCCAAAGCGUACAUCAUAGGUGGCUUGGUGGAUCACAAUCAUCACAAGGGCAUCACAUACAAAAGAGCACAAGAACUGGGAAUAAGCCAUGCGCAACUUCCCCUGGGGAUCUUUGUGAAAAUGAACAGCAGGAAAGUUCUAGCAGUGAAUCAUGUGUUUGAGAUAAUACUUGCAUACUUGGAGAAAAGAGUGUGGGAAGAAGCAUUUUUCACUGUCUUGCCACCCCGGAAAGGAGCCAGGCCACUGAAUGAAAUAACUGAUGCCUCCAUACACAAGCUAAAAGAGUCAGAAGAGGUUCAAGAUGAAGUGUCUAAUCGUGACUAACCUGCAGUGAGAAUUUGCAUGAAAGUGUCAUGGACUAUGAGGGGAGGAAACUGGACUGAAUAUACAUGGGUAGCAUACUGUGUUAAUGAUGCAGAAUUGCAUAAUUUGGCAAUUGUAAGUGGCCGAAUCUGAGCUGUAUAUUUGUUUUUAGAAUAUUUGAUCUUUAGUAACUUUUUAGCAAAUGAAAUGACACUUUCCCAGGCCUUAAUGUUUCCCAAGGAAGCUGAUACUUAUUUUCCUCAUAAAUAUUACUAUUUAUUGUCUUAUAAAUAUUAUUAUGUAAAAUUUGCAGUAGGUUGUUCGUGGUGAUGAAUAAUGCCUUGACUGUAACACUUUUUAAUGUGUUCUUCUGUGACUGACAUUCUUAAAGCUGCUGUGCUUUGGGGGUAUUUUGAAGUGUUUUGGGGCACACAUAUUCCAGUUGGAACUGUAAUGUCUGAUUUCUUUCUCAGAAAAAAAUUGAGAGAAGGCCUUUGAUAUACAUCUCCCUCUUAAUCUUGGUGCAAAUUUGUCAGGGCAAUACUGAGAUUUGUUUUGUCUGUUUACUGUGCUGGAGAUAAUCCCACAACAGUUCAUCUAAAGUCCCUUUUUGUUGUAUAUGAUCUUCUUCCUGCAAUACAGUCUUUCCUUCACUCUGAAGGUUUGUCACAACCUGAACCCACGCUGCAGGCACAUUCCAGCAGGAGUGACAUAUUUAGGGAAUAACUAUAGGAUAGGCUCCUUCCAUGUGGCCGGAGAUCUGGGAGCCCUAAGUACCAAAACAAACUUUGAAACUUUCAUAACGACUUGUCUCAAUUUCCAGCAUGAGCAGUGUGUUCAACUACAUUAUGUUAGAUGCAGUCUUUCUGUGGGAUUGUAAUGUUGCAGGUGUUGCAGGGCUAAAUGUAAGCAUAACUGUAGAUCUUCAAUAUGCUUCAGUUUUCAACCAUUCAGAUUUGCAAUAACAUUCACUUUGUUAGAUGACCUUGGCAUGACCUAGCCAAGUUGAACACCUUCAAUUCCACUUAGUUCAUUUAGGUAGAGUUGAUCAAUGUGUCUACUGAAAUUAACAAGAUUUACAAAGCGCUCGACUUCAGCUGGAUUGUACCCAUAAUUCAAAAGAUUUGCUGGAUGAAAAUAUUAUGGACUAUGUAAUGUCUGGAUAGAAUGGAUUAGGAGUGUUUUGCCUUGAUUUUAGAUCAUUACUUUUAAAGAAAUGUAUUGUUCUAAAUCAUAGCCCCUUUUGUCCUUCAUCGUCACUAUCACCUUUUCCAGCAUGAAAUCACCAAACAGGAGGUGACCCAAGAACCUGUCUGUGAAGAGAUUAGCUUUUGUGAGAGAAUCCACCAUACAGUUCUUUAGCCAGAAGUUCCUUCCAACCAGCACUUUGGCUGCGUGAGCUCUUGUGCAAAGUAGGGUGAUGUCCUGGGACAGCAGUGAACUGGGCCGUCCUUUGUAUUUUAACAAGGAGCAGUAGAGUGUACUCAGAUCCAUCUCCAGAUCCUGAGGCAGGUCACCGACGCUAAUGACAAUUGCCUUGGAAAAAUUGAACUGCACAGCAGAUAUUCUGCUGGUGAGGGAGGAAGCCUUGUGAGGGUGCAUUUAUUCUUAACUAUCCAGCAGAUGUUCUCACCAUCUUUAGAGAAGAUAACCUCGGAAUGCAGAGCCACCACCAAUGCAUCAACCGGGGCACCUUAAUGCCCUUCAUUGUGUCCUUGGCUAUAUUGUGCCUGGCGAAGGCCACUCUGUUUUGAUCACCUCAUCAAAAAAUUCUGGGAAAGGGCAGUCUGAAACCUGUCUGGUAGGUUACUUAAAGCUCCUGGCAUCUAACCUGUCUUAGGCCACAGAAGAGGGAAGGGGGAGAUCAGGCUCUUCCAUUCAGUAGUUCAAGGUGGCAAUGACCUUUCUAAGUAGCCUGCCAAAGUGCUCAGUCUGGACAAUCGGGUGGAGUCCUCCUGUGAUUAUGCCUCUUCUCCUGACCACUUGCCCUGUCUGAACCCAACACAUUGGAAGAUUUUAGGGACAGGGAAUCCUGCAGGUAAAACUCCUGGUUGUAUCGGUGACAUAGCUAGGCUCAUUUUGGAGCGAGCUCUGGACUGUUAGAAUGCUCCAAGCCAAAGAAAAUAGCCACAUUGGCAUUAUUUUCUCCCCCCAGGACCCAGAGUCUGCUGUUUUGUUGUAGCCCAUCGUUUAUAAACAGAAGGAUAGCUUCCCACCACCUCAUCAAGUGGGUGAGAUGGGUGGGUCUAUCCAUUGCUCAAUCCUGCUUGCUUUGGUCGGGCAGUGUUAAGGGGCCUGAUAAUUCCUUGCAGGGGGAAAGCCCCCCUCCCCAAGUUAGGUCCUUGCCAUGGAAGCCAAGGUUGACCCAAUUAUUAGAAGCUGGCUAGAAAAAGACCAGAAAUUAUGGCAGAUCUGCCAUGUUGACGCUACCUCUAUCCAAUUGCCUUAAGGCCCAAAAUGGAGGCUGACCUGGUGGGGUCAUCCCACAAGGAGCUAAGCUGGACCUUCUGUUCCAUCCCAGGGUAGGCAUGGCUGGUUGUGCAUUGGCUGCCAUUGUGGCCAAUGCACAAUGCUGCUUGUCCAUUGGCAGGCACUGGCCAACAGCAGCUUGAGGGGGCAGUAUGCUUCCAAGCUGCUAAUUGCUUUUUCUUUGGAGCAGUUAACCUAGGAUAGUGAACACUUCCUGUAGCCCCUGUGCUAAGGAUCUCUGGAAGCUAGGGAUCAAGAGAUUCUGGAUGCCUCGUCCUUAUCAUUUCUGGUGGGCCUUUUUAUGUCCCCUCCUCUGGGGAGUAGACACUGUCCUUUAUUCAUUUAUUUAUUUAAUAUUUCUAUUUGUACCCUGCCCUCCCCAACAGGGUUCAGGAUGGUGAACAACAGCAAAUGGUUACAAAAUACAAAACAGCAAUAAAAACAUCCAUCAAACAUUAAAAGAACUAACAUGGUGUCAGGAGAGGGAGCAGGAGGAAGAGAACCGAGGAGGUGGUAGUAGUAGUGGUAGCAUCAGCACGAUCAGGAGUAUUAGUAUCAGUAGUAUUAUCAAUAGUAGCAGUAUUUUUGUAUUGUUAUCAUUAGUGUUGACAUCUAAGGAAAAAGGGGAGGAGGGGGACAUCAAAGGAAAGUAGUAGUAGGGAAACAGCAGAAACAGACAGAAGAAGAAAAAGGAGGAGGAAAGGGAAUACCCAACCCCCUGACAACCUUGACCACCACCACCACAACCCUAGCUCAGGAGGAGGAGGAGGGCCCAAGAAUGCCCCCUUUUUAGGAGACCAUUGUGUUCUUUCUGCAGGACUUUUCUUCUUUCAUCAUAGAGGUAAUGAAAAUCUUUUAAGUAGGUUUUCAGUAGAAGUGCUCCUCAUCAGGCUAACCCACAGUGUUAAGGAGAGUAUAUACUAACUGAACAGGCAGGGCUAUCCAAACUGGAAAAUCCAGCCCCGUGUCAUAAAGCCAGGAAAGAGGCUACACAAAUUUGCAAAGUCUUGCCUGAACUACUGGAGGUGUGACCUAGCCAUCUUGGAUGACUUUGCGUCAUAGUCCAUUUUGUCAAUAAACCAAAAUACUGGAAACAGAUUUGCACCUUGACACCUGAAAUACUUAAUCUCAUCAAGGAGUUUGCAUAUUCCGCAUAGUACAACAUAUUAUUUGCAUAUUUUGUUUUUGCCUUGAAAUUGAGACAUAUUCCAACUAUUUCCAGCCACAGAAGUUUUAUUAAAGGCAUAUCAGAACUUCUCAUUAUUUAUGGUGUUUAUUUUGUUUAAUAAUUUACUUCAGUAUAGUUUAGUAAUAGUGAAUUUAAAAAUAAAAGGCCCAAAGAAAGUUCAUCAGAAAAAUGAGCCAUUUUUGAUAAAUUUUCAUUUUUCAUAAUUUAAAAAGAAAAAAUUCAUGCAUGCAAUAUUAACUAAAAUGUAUCUUAGCUUCAGCAAUAUUCUGUACUUAAGAGGGCCUUAAAAGUUCUCCAACAAUUUUCCACAGAUCCAUUUUCCAAUAUUUGUUCCCUCAAUAAGUGUUACGGACCAUUUUGUCUUCUGUUGACUCUGGUGAAUUAUAAUCUGCAGGCUUCUUAAUGUAGCGAUUACCACAUCGACCUGCUGUUCUUGGCUUUUUAAAGGACCAUCCCUGUUCAGUUUCAUGUUGGACAAACAUUUGGUCAGCUGUCCAAUUUGACUGUACAUUUUCAAUGGGAAGCUUUUUGGAAGGCUAAAGAUGUGACUUCCAUUGUCCCAGUAAUUAGCUGCCUCUUUUCCACAUGCUUUCUCCAUGUUUUCUAGUGAGUUUAAUUGGAAGAAUGUACAAAUACAGUUUGUUGCAUUUGUUUAGCAACAGGAUAGUAUUGCUACAACUUUUUCAAAUAAUUGUUCCCAUUACCCUGAAUGACUGCGGGCGGGGUGUGUGUGUGCGCGCGCUUUGAUUUACUUUGAGAUCAGCAAGUUGCUGAUACUAAGAACUAAAGAGAGGUGCC